GAGCAGAGAAGAUGGCCCUCCUUGUAGCUCUGGGGCUCUUGAUGGCCGGGUUCUGCCCCACUGUCCUCUGCGAACCAGAUGGCACAUUGGGAAGGGACACCGAAGUCCAGGAAGACCCAAACAAUGGGACACGUGUGGACAGUCUGACACUGGCCUCCAUCCACAAUGACUUUGCCUUCAGCCUCUACAAGGAGCUGGCUGUGAAGAAUCCAGAUAAAAAUGUCGUCUUCUCCCCACUCAGCAUCUCAGCUGCCUUGGCCGUCCUGUCCCUGGGAGCAAGGAGCAACACCCUGGAAGAGAUUCUAGAAGGUCUCAAGUUCAAUCUCACAGAGACCCCUGAGGCAGACAUCCACCAGGGCUUUGGGCACCUCCUCACCAUGCUCAGCCAGCCAGGGGACCAGGUGAAGAUCAGCAUAGGCAGCAUGAUGUUUGUUGAAAAGCGCCUGCAGAUCCUGGCAGAGUUCAAGGAGAAGGCAAGGGCGCUGUACCAGGCUGAGGUCUCCACAGCUGACUUCCAGCAGCCUCAUGAGGCCCAAAAGAUUAUCAAUGACUAUGUGAGCAAACAGACCCAGGGGAAGAUCAAGGAACUGAUCUCAGACCUGGAUGAGAGCUCAUUAAUGGUUUUGGUGAAUUACAUCUACUUUAAAGGGAAAUGGAAGAGGCCCUUUGAUGCUCAUUUAACACAUGAGUCUGACUUCUACUUGGACCAAAAGAGGACUGUGAGGGUGCCCAUGAUGAACAUUGAGGACCUGACCACACCCUACUUCCGGGAUGAGGAGCUGUCCUGCUCUGUGGUGGAGCUGAAGUACAGAGGCAAUGCCAGCGCACUGUUCAUCCUCCCUGAUGAGGGCAGGAUGCAGCAGGUGGAAGCCAGCUUGCAGCCAGAAACCUUGAGGAAGUGGAAGGACUCCCUGAAGCCCAGAAAGAUCUAUCAGCUCUACAUGCCCAAAUUCUCCAUCACCACUGACUACAGCCUGGAGAACAUCCUUCCACUGCUGGGCAUCAGGGAAGUCUUCUCCACACAGGCUGACCUGUCUCGGAUCACAGGAGCCAAGGACCUGAGCGUCUCUCAGGUGGUCCACAAGGCUGUGCUGGAUGUGGCUGAGACAGGCACAGAAGCAGCUGCUGCCACAAAAGUCAUGGCUGUGGGAUCAGCUCUAAUUUUGAACCCUCUGAGAUUAUAUUUCGACAGGUCAUUCCUGAUGAUUGUCUCUGACACAAAUACUCAGACUCCACUCUUUAUGGCCAAAGUCACAAAUCCCAAGGGAAACUAG